AUGGCCUCCCCGUGCCACUUCAUCGAUCUCGCAUCUCCGGCCCUAUCCCCGACUGCGCCGAUAUUCCCCUGGCCAAAUUCACAACAACCGCAACAAUCAACACAAUCAACACCGCUUCCUCAAGCUCAGCCAACCACGCAAGCAACUGUCACAGACGCGCCAGCUCCCCUCUCACCUUCAACCUCAAAGAGCUCAAAUCCAGCCUGGGCUUCCCUCAUCCCCUCGGCAUCUCCUGCAAGUGCAGAUCGUCCCACUGCCGCACUCGUCCUCCCCUCGCCCCGCAAUCACGCCGCCUCUGCAGCAGUAUGGGCUAAAAGAAGAGGCGAGGGAAUCCACAAAGGAAGUGGAUUCUUUACAAGCCAGCCGACGGGCUUCUUCUCCGGUCUGAGAUCCAAUCGCAGAGGAUUCGCAACGAGCGCCGUACUCAGGAAUUCCGGUGCAGGUGCGAGGAAAGAUGCAGAACCAGAGAAGGAGAGUGUCGAGCAGGAUCAGAGCCAGAGCGACCCCUCCCGGCCCAUAGCUCAUACCGAUCUAUUCAAAGAUUGGUCCGAUCUUAUCUCCUCCGCACCCAUGCCCACCGUCCUUCCGUCACCGGCCGGCGAGCGUCUUGCCCACCGCUGGGAACAAAGCAGGAAGAGGCAGAGACAGACCCUUACCAACAGAGAGAAGGCCAGUUUUCACGAUAUGUUCGAUCUGCUGUUUUCGGCCAUGAAGGAGGAUAAGGAGUCCAGGAGGGGGUUGAGAUCGGACUAUGAAGAGGAGGGUGAGGACGGCAUGGUACCCGAGCUACCACCGAUGGAAGAGUUGCCGGGAGACCAAGACCAGCCUGGGGGAAGUCGCCUUUUUUCUCCCACUCCACGCCCAUCGGGAAGGACCGAAUCCGCCGACUAUGCAUUUACCGCUCCUCCCGGACUGGCGCUGAAGCCAACUACCCCAUCCAACAUGCGCUUUCUUGACCAACCAUCUGAUCUCGAUAGGCUGUACGGAUCGCUCACCUCAUUCAACCAACGAAUGAGGGCGGAGCAGGCGCUUUCCAAGAAGACGGCGGAGGAAGUGGAUAGGAAGAACGAGCAACUGCACCUGUGUGCGACGGACCUAGAGCUCUUGCGUUACGCGCUGGAUGAAAUCUUCCCUCGCCCAGAAGACCAUACGGCCCCGGAGGCGUACCCGAUCCUUCUCGCGGGACUUAUGCGUCUGCUCCGAGUCAAAUAUGGCGAUCCUUCACUGGCGCUCGCCGUGUUCGCUUAUGCACGGGGGCUCAGUGUCACCAGCUACGCAUUUGGCUGUACUACGCCUGCAUAUAACGAGCUCCUGCGCACGCGCUGGGAAGGGUUUAGAAACCUGCGCGCUACUCUGGAUGCGUUGGAGGAAAUGCGCUUAAAUGGGGUCGCCUGCGACAAGGAGACGCGUGUAAUCGUGGAGAUGGUGAGGAGGGAGGUGGGCCAAGGCGUCAGCCCUGAGGCAGCAAGAAUUGUGAACAGGAUGGAAGCGUUGGUGAACGAGAGUCUGUCAGAUCAGGCGGAGAAGAAGCAGACGAAGGAACCUGGGCUUGCCCUGGGCCCUCGGGCGCUUGGUACCAGGGAUGGUGCCUAUUCCAACACGGAGGCAAGAUCAAACCUCCUCCAGCCACGCAGACUUCACCCUGGCGAGCGCUGGAGGCCGGCAUCUGCGCGGGGCAAGGAGAUUGGCUCACACUCUGCACUGAGUGGUGAGGCCGCUGAAGAAAGGAGACCCCCACAUGCUUUUCGACACCGACACGAUCGGCCGAGGUGGGACGACUGGAAGUUUACUAAACCAAGUUUGGCAUUGGCGAGCGAUGGAGAGGGUAAAGACGUGGGCCUAAAUCAAGAGGCAGAGCAGUGGGGAACCCCUGAACAGGACAGAGAGGAUGGGCUAGGGUUUGACGACAUUUGGGAGGAGAGGAUAAGGAACAAGCGGCAUCCUUCCGGCACAGCUUCAGCGACUGGACCUGUCUUUACUGAGCCGACACGGGGCAAUGAGCAGGGCAAGAGUAGCCUUGACGUGUUCCCCGAGGGUGCGUUCAAAGCUCCGACUGGGAUGGCAUCCCUUGAGCUGGGCAAGGGUGUCGUGAGUCGGGCCUUGCCAGAGCGUGAAGAGCGUGGGGUUGGAGUGAUGACCAGUUUCGGUGAGGAUUUCGGAGAGUACGACCUCCCCGAGAACUUCGAGGAGGAAUCGGACUGGGAUGACGGGGAUAUAAAGAACAAGGAAUGGUAG